UGCGGCCGGCGGAAGGGUAGCUCGAGGAGGAGGAGGGGAGAGUAAAUGAAGAGAAAGAACUGAAAUAGCUCCUUCCAGAAGAAAAGGGAAGCAAGCUUGGCUGCAGACCCCAGUCUUAAAAAGCAGCAGCCCUGCCUGGGAGCAGGGUGGUGGCCAGGGCAAUGGUGGGAGCCCUGAAGACGCCCCAUGGCUGCUGAGGGGGCUGCCCGGUCAGGAAGCGGAGUGGCGGGCAUGGUGUGCAGUCUCUGGGUGCUGGUGCUGGGGUCCUCAGUUCUGGCUCUGGAAGAGGUACUGCUGGACACCACUGGAGAGACAUCUGAGAUUGGCUGGCUCACCUACCCACCAGGUGGGUGGGAUGAAGUGAGCGUUCUGGACGACCAGCGCCGCCUGACUCGGACCUUCGAGGCAUGCCACGUGGCGGGGGCCCCGCCGGGCACCGGGCAAGACAACUGGCUGCAGACACACUUUGUGGAGCGACGCGGGGCGCAGAGGGCACACAUCCGACUGCACUUCUCCGUGCGGGCAUGUGCCAGCCUGGGUGUGGCCGGGGGCACCUGCCGGGAGACCUUCACCCUUUACUACCGCCAGGCUGAGGAGCCCGACGGCCCCGACAGCGUUGCCGCCUGGCACCUCAAACGCUGGACCAAGGUGGACACGAUCGCAGCGGACGAGAGCUUCCCUGCCUCCUCGGCCUGGGCGGUGGCCCCGCACGGGGCCGGGCAGCGUGCCGGCCUGCAGCUCAACGUCAAGGAGAGGAGCUUUGGCCCCCUCACCCAGCGUGGCUUCUACGUGGCCUUCCAGGACACGGGGGCCUGCCUGGCCCUCGUGGCGGUCAAGCUCUUCUCCUACACCUGCCCUUCCGUACUCCACGCCUUCGCCUCCUUCCCUGAGACGCAGGCCAGUGGGGCCGGGGGCGCCUCGCUGGUGGCGGCCGUGGGCACGUGUGUGGUUCACGCAGAGCCAGAGGAGGAUGGAGGCAGCGGCCAGGCAGGGGGUAGCCCCCCCAGGCUACACUGCAAUGGGGAGGGCAAGUGGAUGGUAGCUGUUGGGGGCUGCCGCUGCCAGCCGGGGUACCAGCCAGCCGGCGGAGACAAGGCCUGCCAAGCCUGCCCUGAGGGGUCCUACAAGGCCUUGGCUGGGAACGCGCCCUGCUUACCGUGUCCUGCCCGCAGCCAGGCCCCCGAUCCUGCAGCCCCUGUUUGCCCCUGCCUUGAGGGCUUCUACAGGGCAGGUUCAGACCCCCCAGAGGCCCCCUGCACUGGCCCUCCGUCGGCUCCCCGGGAGCUUUGGUUCGAGGUGCAAGGCUCAGUGCUUAUGCUGCACUGGCGCCUGCCUCAGGAGCUGGGGGGACGAGGGGACCUGCUCUUCAACGUCGUGUGCAAGGAAUGCGGAGGCCACCAGGAGCCGGGCUCGGGCACCGGGGGUGCUUGUCGCCGCUGCAGGGACGAGGUGCACUUCGACCCCCGCCAGAGGGGCCUGACUGAGAGCCGAGUGUUAGUAGGGGGGCUCCGGGCCCAUGUGCCCUACAUCUUGGAGGUGCAGGCUGUGAACGGGGUGUCAGAGCUCAGCCCCGACCCCCCCCAGGCUGCCGCCAUCAACGUCAGCACCAGCCACGCAGUUCCCUCUGCAGUCCCUGCAUUGCACCAGGUGAGCCGGGCAUCCAACAGCAUCACGGUGUCCUGGCCACAGCCGGACCAGACCAACGGGAACAUCCUGGACUACCAGCUCCGCUACUACGACCAGGCAGAAGAUGAAUCCCACUCCUUCACCCUGACCAGCGAGACCAACACGGCUACCGUGACACAGCUGAGCCCUGGCCACAUCUAUGGCUUCCAAGUGCGGGCGCGGACUGCCGCAGGCCACGGCCCCUAUGGGGGCAAGGUCUAUUUCCAGACGCUGCCUCAAGGUGAGCUGUCCACCCAGCUUCCAGAGAGACUCUCCUUGGUAAUCGGGUCCAUCCUGGGGGCCUUGGCCUUCCUCCUGCUGGCAGCCAUUACCGUGCUGGCUGUUGUCUUCCAGAGGAAGCGGCGUGGGACAGGCUACACAGAGCAGCUCCAGCAGUACAGCAGUCCAGGGCUUGGGGUGAAGUAUUACAUCGACCCUUCCACGUACGAGGACCCCUGCCAGGCCAUCCGAGAAUUUACCAGGGAGGUGGAUCCUGCAUAUAUCAAGAUCGAGGAGGUCAUUGGGGCAGGCUCCUUCGGAGAAGUACGCAGGGGCCGCCUGCAGCCCCGGGGACGGCGGGAGCAGGCCGUGGCCAUCCAGGCCCUGUGGGCUGGAGGUGCCGAGAGCCUACAGAUGACCUUUCUAGGCCAGGCUGCCGUGCUGGGCCAGUUCCAGCACCCCAACAUCCUGCGGCUGGAGGGUGUGGUCACCAAGAGCCGGCCGCUCAUGGUGCUGACGGAGCUCAUGGAGCUGGGCCCCCUGGACAGCUUCCUCAGGCAGCAGCGGGAGGGCCAGUUCAGCAGCCUGCAGCUGGUGGCCAUGCAGCGGGGAGUGGCCGCCGCCAUGCAGUACCUGUCCAGCUUCGCCUUCGUGCACCGCGCGCUCUCCGCCCGCAGCGUGCUGGUAAACAGCCACCUGGUGUGCAAAGUGGCUCGUCUUGGCCACAGUCCUCAGGGCCCAAGUUGUAUGCUUCGCUGGGCAGCCCCAGAAGUCAUUGCCCACGGGAAACAUACCACCUGCAGUGACGUCUGGAGCUUCGGGAUAGUGAUGUGGGAAGUGAUGAGUUAUGGAGAGCGGCCCUACUGGGACAUGAGUGACCAGGAGGUGCUAAAUGCAAUAGAGCAGGAGUUCCGGCUUCCCCCACCUCCAGGCUGUCCUCCUGGACUACAUCUGCUUAUGCUAGACACUUGGCAGAAGGACCGUACCCAGCGGCCUCAUUUUGACCAGCUGGUGGCUGCGUUUGACAAGAUGAUCCGAAAGCCAGACACUCUGCAGGCUGACGGGGGCCCUGGGGACAGACCCUCCCAGGCCCUUCUGAACCCUGUGUCCCUGGACUUUCCUUCUCUGGACUCACCCCAGGCCUGGCUUUCGGCCAUCGGACUGGAGUGCUACCAAGACAACUUCUCCAAGUUUGGUCUCUGCACCUUCAGUGAUGUGGCUCAGCUCAGCCUGGAAGACCUGCCCGCCCUGGGCAUCAUGCUGGCCGGCCACCAGAAGAAGCUGCUGCACAACGUCCAGCUCCUGCAGCAGCACCUGAGGGGGCUGGGCUCAGUGGAGGUCUGAGGUCUGAGGCCUGGGCGGGCCCCUGGGAGCGGACGGUGCCUCUGUCCCAGCCCCCGACGCAGGCCCACCCACCGAGCGACGUGGAAUGCUAGAGCCUGUCUCUGUCUUGGCCUAGGCUAGAGGCCCCGGCCACACUACACCGGACCCUCUGGACGCUUCACUCCCUUGUCCUCCGCCCUCCUCCUCCCUCCCCCACAUUAAAGGGAAAGAAGAAACUUUGCAA